AUGGUCCGCUACUCGCUUGACCCCGAAAACCCAACGAAAUCAUGCAAGGCUCGGGGUUCCAACCUGCGAGUGCACUUCAAGAACACUCGUGAAACAGCUCAAGCUAUCAAGGGCAUGCACAUUCGUAAGGCUACCAAGUAUUUGAAAGACGUCACCUUAAAGAAGCAAUGCGUUCCUUUCCGCCGCUACAAUGGAGGUGUUGGCAGGUGUGCCCAGGCAAAGCAGUGGGACUGGACACAAGGACGUUGGCCUAAGAAGAGUGCAGAGUUCCUCCUGCACAUGCUGAAGAAUGCUGAAAGCAAUGCUGAACUCAAGGGUUUGGAUGUUGACUCCCUGGUCAUUGAGCACAUUCAGGUGAACAAGGCUCCCAAGAUGCGCAGACGAACCUACCGUGCUCACGGACGUAUUAACCCUUACAUGAGCUCUCCUUGCCACAUUGAGAUGAUCUUAACCGAAAAGGAGCAAAUUGUCCCUAAACCAGAAGAGGAAAUUGCCCAGAAGAAAAAGAUCUCUCAGAAGAAGCUGAAGAAGCAAAAACUCUUAGCUCGGGACUAA